AUGGAGGUUACCAAGCAAGAGCGUGACGCUCAGUUCAAGAUCCUGAUCGACCUUCUGCAAAGCGUGCCUCACGACAUCUUUGAUGGCUUUGACAUCACUCGAGCUCACUUUGAGUCGGCUGGGGUUAAGAUUGGGGUCGACAUCUUGAUUCCCAAGCGGAAAAGUACGACAGCCAGGCCUGUUAUUGUGAGAAUACACGGCGGGUUUCUUAUUACAGGAUCAAGUCUUUUCCCAGCCUGGUUCUCCAAAUGGAUUCUGGACUAUGCGGAUCAGCACGAUGCCAUCAUCCUUAGCCCUAACUAUCGGCUUCUUCCAGAAGUCAAAGGGAAGGACAUCAUACAGGAUAUGGCCAACUUCUGGACCUGGGUACAGUCAGGAGGCCCUGGGAGGCACCUUGCCUCGAUAGGACGGUCCAGUGUCGCAAUGAAUUUGGCCCAAACUCUUCUUGUGGGUGAAAGUGCAGGCGGAUAUCUGGCUUUGCAGUCCGUUUUGUCAGGGUUUACAAGCCCCAAGGCCAUCAUUACUCUCUAUCCCAUGACAGACAUGCAGUCAGCUCACUACACAAAGCCGUAUGAGAAACCAAUUGUGGGCGUGUCCAACUACCCUCAAGAAGAUGCAGAUAGCUUCAUAUCAGCUACUACUGGGAAUGCCGCCAUCACCGAGGCAGAUCCACCCACAAGACUGGAUUCUGCCAUAGCCGUGGUCCAGAAUGGUCGUUUCCUUGACCUCUUUGGUCGGGAUCCAGAGCUGUUUGUACUUGAACGCAUCGAAUCAGGAUUACUACCUCAAAGAGAGCCCGGAAAGCCUCUUUUCCCGCCCUUUUUUCUGCUUCAUGGUGAGAACGAUACCGCGGUUCCAGUUGAUGGCACAAGGAAGCUGGUCAGCAUACUACAAAGGUCACACCCAGAUACCAAGUUGCACGUAGCCAUCCGCCCAGGUGAUCAUGGUUUUGAUUUCCCUGCCACGACACAGGAUGGCUGGCUGCGGGAAGGGUUAGACUUUGUCACAGGCCCAUGGCUCAGUGACAAGAGCCGUAUCUAA